AACUUGAUGGUGGCAGCUAAAAGAGAAGAUGUCCAAGUUGCUAUUGGAAAUGCUAAUUGCAAUGUAACAAAUUUAUCAGAGGAUCAGAUUGUAUGUAACCCUCCUACUUCACAACCAAAAUCAACACCUGGAUAUAGCAGGAGUGAUAUACCUGCAGUUGUGGUCCAGAUUGGGAAUGAGAAAUACUUUGUUGGUUACUUGGAAUAUGAAACGGCCAAGGAAUUGGGUAUUCCACUUGACUACCUCGUUGGUGGAGUGGCUGGUGUUGGAUUGUUUAUCGUCGUCACAAUCAUCAUAUGUUCCUGUUUAUAUAGACGUCAGAAAAAUAAAUCAAAGCGAGAGUUUGAAAAAUUGAUGUACCAACUAGACAACAUGGAAAGUAAUUUCAUAGUUGAGUGUAUAGAAGAGAUGCUAGACCUGAAUGCUGAGAUAGGAGAUGGAAAGAAACCUCUCUACAGAUAUGAUGAUUAUACAUUUAAAAUACUUUUCCCUCAGAUGCAAGAUCAUAUUGUACUUCAUCCUCCGAUUACAAAGAAUGGGAACAAUGAAAGACAACACGAUAUUACAAUUUGUCAUUUUAGUCAGCUUUUACACCAUAAAGAAUUCUUAUUAAAAUUCAUACGCACAUUAGAAAAACAACAAAGUUUUGGAGACCAAGAUAAAUCAAAUGUAGCUUCUUUGUUGAUAAUAUUGUAUCAGAACAAUUUGGAAUAUAUCACUGAAAUUAUCAAGUCAUUAUUAAAAGAGUUGGUAGAGAAGUCAGUGGAAGAAACAUGCCAGAAAGACAUGCUGUGGAGAACAGAAUCAGUGGUAGAAAAACUUCUGGCUAAUUGGUUGGCUCUUUGUAUGUAUAAAAAUUUAGAGGAGUCGACUGGUUCCUCUUUGUAUGUGUUGUUCAAAGCACUAAAAUUCCAAGUAAUGAAAGGUCCAGUAGAUGCUGUCACUGGUGAUGCGAUGUAUUCUUUGUCUGAAGAAAGGUUACUACUGACAGAAAACAUUCUGGAACCUGUUACUAUAACAUUAAAUGUAGAAUAUGAAGGGAAGAAAUACAAAUGUCGUUGUCUGGACUGUGAUACCAUUACUCAGGCGAUAGAUAAAAUGUUGGAUGCAAUAUACCGUAACAUUCCAUACUCAACCAGACCAUUAGGGGAAGACUUAGAUCUGGAUUGGGUAAGUGAAAACCUUACUUUACAAGAUGAAGACAAUGUGAAGUUAAAGGAAAAUGGUUGGAGACAGAUAAAUAUGAUAAAAGAUUAUGAAAUUCCAAAUGGUGCCGAAGUGGUACUUUCACAAUAUCAGAAGUGUCGACCUUUGCCUAGAUCUCCAUGUGGAGCUGUGAAUGCCUCAGAAUAUUGCAAUCCAGAGACCGUCCCUUCAACAAGCACUGACAGUCAAAUUAAUACACAGUACUGGCAUCUGGUAAAACAACCGAAUGAUUCCCAGACGAAAGGCCUUAGUUCAGAGAACUAUCAUACAAGAUUAUUAGCUACAAAGGGUACUCUUAAACAGUAUAUUGAUGAUUUUAUUAAAACUGUGCUGACCGCUAGUCCAAAUAUGCCUCCUGCGAUAAAAUACUUGUUUGAUUUCUUGGACGAUGCAGCCAAACAACACAAUAUUACAGAUCCAGAAGUAGCAUACAUAUGGAAAUGUAAUAGUUUAUUGCUAAGGUUUUGGGUGAACAUAAUCAAGAAUCCAGACUUUGUAUUUGAUAUCCACAAGGCCAGUAUAGUAGAUGCAUGCCUGUCUAUGGUAGCUCAAUGCUUUAUGGAUAGUUGCUCAACAUCAAAUCAGAACUCGAGUAAGGAUUCCCCAUUAAAUAAGUCAUUAUUUGCAAAAGAUAUUCCAGUUUUCAAGAAAUCUAUUUCAACUUUUUUUGAUGACAUACAGAGAAUGCCUGCAGUGAGUGAUCAGGAUCUCAAUGUCUACCUAGCUGAAAUGUCUAAGAUGAGCACAAAUAACUUUACCAAAGAAAAUGCAUUGCUUGAACUGUACAGCUAUGUACAGAAAUACAGUAAUGAAAUAAAUGAAAGCUUGGAAGCUGAAAGUUUGACUGAAGCACAGGAGUUUCCAGAGAGACAAGAUAAUGUGAUUACAAAUAAUGCAGGUCCCUCCAACAUUUGAAUGACAUAUUUGAAAUAAUACUGUAAACCAACUCAUUUUCGCGAUCGAUUUAUAUUCGUAGCUUUUUUAAGUAAAGAAUUAACGCAAAUAUAAAUUAUCUCGAAUUUGGAAAACCUGCAUCUUUCCUUAUCAAUGGACAUCAAGUAAAUCGCAGAAUUAAAAAUAGUAUCAAAGUGGUCUAAAUCUAGAAAAGGUAAAAUACAAAAUAAAAUAUCCGCGAAAAUAAAUUGAUUUACAGUAAGCAAUUAUUUCGAGCAGAACUAUGUGAAAUGGAACCUUGUUCGGGAAAACCAACAGUAUGCAAAUUCAAUCUAAUGAACUAUUGGACUAAUAUAUGGAGUAACCAUAAAGUUUAGAAUUCUUAAAAUGUAUUAGUAAACAUUACUAUUUUUCUCUCUGAAAUGUGGAUUUUGUCAGACUAAAAAUAUUGUGUUGAAAAAUUUAGAGUGGGUAUUGUUUUCUAGUUUUACAAGAAUAAUACAUGUUAUCAUCCUUUAGUAUGAGCUUAUAAAACAGAGUUCAUAAUAUUUCCUAUAGAGGAGAGAUUUGUUUUAUGAAAGAAACCAAUAUGAUCUGAAUGUAUUGCUUUUGCAUUUAUAAUUUACUUCAAGUGUGCACAAAAUUUCAUAUUCGAGAAAUGGCAAAACAAAUCAGACUCAGUAAAUCAUGUCUGUUGUGCUGUCAGUGUUAUAUAAUGAAAAUAUUACAUUUUUUGCGUAACAAAUUAUUAGUUUGAUUUGUUUUGAAUCCGUACAAGUUUUGAAUUCAUAUGAAGCAUACUGUCUUAAGUUGAUAAUGGCAAAUAUGAUGCAAAUUUAUAAUGGCUUUUCAUAAUAGUACAUCUGUUGCUUUAGAAUUGUGCCCUAUAUGCAAAUACAUUAAAUACAAUUGUAAUACUUUAUGUUGUGUAUGUAACUUUUUUUUUUAUAUUUUUAGACAUUUUAUAUAAAAUCCUAUCUUUUGAAAUCUUCUAUCAGGAUCAAUAAUAUAGCUUAUAUAGUUUAUUAUUAUGAUAUGCAUGUAGUCAAAUAUUUCAGGUACCUUUUUUCUUGAAUAACAAAUCAAAAUCAAAAGUAUCGUGAAAGAGUUUGAAUUCAAAUUGUAUAUGGUUUCGCAUUUUUAUAGUCGUUUUUUUUAAAUAAAUAUGUGUUCAUCUGUUUUUCUUAGUCAUUGUUAUAUUGAUAUGAAGAUAGAGUUAUGAUCAUAGAAAGGUUCAUAGUGGUUUAUAAUGGUAUGGUAGUUUCGUUUCUCAUAGGAUAGCAAGAGGUUUGGCAAGGCAUAAAACUAGGUCCAACGCUUGUGUUACCAAAUCAAGAAUACGGCAGUUGUUAUCAAAUAGAUGUUUAUAUGUAAUGCUUGCCUGUGUUGUUUUUUUUUUGCAGUUCAGGUUUUUUGUUGUUCCCUUAUUUUUGUCUGAUAAUUGAAGUGUUUCCCAUUGAAUUUAGAGAUUUUAUAAUAUAAACGGAUAAGAAAUCAUCAUAAACUAUAGAUAUAAAAAAUUACAUGAAAAAGAAUUAAAUAUGUGGCCUUUUCCUAAGAAUAGUUUGUCUGUAACUGUUUCAAUUAUAAAGGAUUUAAUGGCUUGGAUGACCAAGUUGAAUCAGUUAUAAGAUGUAAGUGUUUCAAAAAUACACAUAAAAAUAAGUAAAAUCAGAAAAAUACUGAACUCCGAGUAAACUUUAAAAAGGAAAGUCCCUAAUUAAAUGGCAAAAUCCAUG